AUGGACUCCAGGGCACACAGGCUCCGGGAGCUGAGGCUCGUGGCCCCAGGGUUUGCAGCCCCCAGGCUCUGGAGCAGUCUCCACAGCCGUGGCGCCCUGGGGGAGGUGCUUCGUGGCGCAAUACAUAGACAAGUAGACAUUCUCUCCAUGAUAAGCUAUGAGACCAACAACAGGUAUGAAAUCAAGAACGGCCGUGGGCAGAGGAUAUACUUUGCAGCGGAGGACACUGCUGUGUGCACUCGGCUUUGCUGUGGGUCCUGCAGACCCUUCACCAUGAGGAUUCAAGAUCUCAAGGGCCAAGAAGUCAUCACUCUGAAGAGGCCACUGCGGUGUUCCAGCUGCUGUUUCCCCUGCUGCUUGCAGGAGAUAGAAAUCUGUGCUCCUCCUGGUAUACCAGUAGGUUACGUUACACAGACCUGGCACCCGUGUCUGCCAAAGUUUACAAUUCAAAAUGAAAAUAAAAAGGACGUUCUAAGAAUUAUAGGCCCAUAUUUUAUGUGCAAGUUUUGUGGAAAUAUUGAAUUUAAGAUUAAAUCUCUUGAUGGAAAAAAUGUGCUUGGCAAGAUUUCCAAGCAGUUUACUAAGAUUAUGAGAGAAAUAUUCACACACUACAGUGCCUUUGGCAUCCAGUUUCCUGCCGACAUUGAUGUGAAAAUGAAAGCUGUGAUACUUGGCAUGUGUUUUCUCCUUGAUUUCAUGUUUUAUGAAAACAAUGGCUGCAUUCAACUUUUGACAGGAGGAAUAUGGUAG